AAGCAUUCCUCCCGCCUGAGAAAAAAGUAUCCGCUAGGAGAAAUUGUGCUCAACUUACAUAGGUCGUGGACCAACCUACCAACAGCUUCCAAAAUCCUUUGCUCUUAUUAUCAAACUGCUCAGCAUUAUAAUUAUCCUGUCCAUUUCCUUCUACAAUUGCUCAUUGCUGUAAUUAUUUUCCCUUACUCUUCAAAGAUUGUCUAUCAGAAGAAGUCGACAAGUCGUUGACCACUUUGUCAUCCACGACAAAGAACCAUGGGUUUUCAACUCCCCACCCCAAACCCUGAGAGGCAUGCUGGAAUGAGCGGUCUACCCCCCGAAAUACUACUCCUCAUCGUUGAAUCUAUUUUCAACAACCACCAACAGAUUCCGACGCCUGGUCACGAUGAAGAAACGAAAUCUCCAACGAUACCCAAUACAGCGCGUUGGUUGCCAUCUUACCAGCCUGGCGUCUGGAGGGAUACGGCAUAUCUAGCGGCUACUUGUCAGGGGUUCUACAAGCUCAUCAACCCAAUCCUCUACAGAAUGGACACCCAGUACAACCACUGCUCGGCUUUGAUCCUAUCGGCCAGAAGAGGCAACAGGAGCGCUGUUCUCAAGUCCCUUGCAAGCGGAGCCGACCCCAACUCCCGAGAUGUUACCUUGCCCUUGGUAAAGGAACAAGUCGGUUCGGGGUCGGACGGCGGCCAACAGUUUACUGGCACGCCUUCAAUGUACAUGACAGCCCUUCAUUGGUCGGCACUCCUCGGACACAGCCAUAUUGUGACCGUUCUACUGCAGAGUGGAGCUUGUAUUGACGCGAGGUCAAAUUCUGGUGGAAUGUCAUUAGGAGGCAACUACAGCCUCUCUGAGUGCAGGACCAUCGCAACAGCCAAACCAUGGUUCGAACCCUCGGCCUGGGGUGCUAAUGCCUUAUUUGAUGCUCUGUCAGGGGAUGCGUGGGCUUCAACAGUGGGUGCGAAUUUCAAACAAGACGUGGACCAAGAAUCGGCCAUAAGAUCACGCAGAAGGGUAGCCAAACUCCUUGUCCAAGCUGGGGCAUCUCUUAUCACCCACACAGAGGCACAGCUCCAUGCGAUCCACCAGGCCGUCGCCUAUGGCGAUCUCGAAAUGACCAAGUUUUUCCUUGACAUGAACGUGGAUCCUAACGUUCGAGAUCAUCGAGGAAACACGCCUCUUCACCACCUCGCAUCUUCCACAACGAACAUUACAGCUACGAAUCCAGCACUGCAAACACCCAUCUCGUGCACCGUCAGGUCCAAUGUUGCUGCCAUCAUCCAGCUACUGUUGCAGAGAGGCGCAGACAUCAAUGCUCCCAAUCGGAGAGGCUCUACGCCGUUCCAGUAUUGCUUGUCCAAACCUGGGGCUUUGAGCGUUGAUGUUGCCAUUUGUCUGGCUCGGAUAGGGGCGAAGGUUCAGGGUCACCUUGGACAGUACCACAGGUCGAGGAUGACCAAAGACCAGUUACGAGAACUGGAGGAAGCAAUUGUGAAGUCGAGCCACGGACAUAUGAAUGGGCCCAGGGACUUCAGGAUGGAGGGACGAAACUUAGCUUGGCUGUUGUCUGUCUAGAUGACCAACUGCGUGUUGGUGCUGUGAAAUGGGAAUUUAAUGAUAGAGACAUGGGAUAUUUUAGCCUUAACAGAAUGCAAUACUGCCGCCGUAGCGGCACUCACUUAUCUUGAG